AUUCGUGAAGAUCAGUCACUUGCACACAAUCUACUGAGUGGUAACGGAGCCUCAAGAUGAGGGAGAUCAACGUAUUUCAGUUGGCCAUUUGUGGAGCUUUGCUUUUCAUGCUGAUCUUUGGUUCAACCAGCAUCGCCGCGGGGGAAACAAAUCCACCAACUCUAUGGUGGCGAAUCGUAGCCGGAGUGAAGAAUUAUCCCUGGCAUUCUGAUAAACCGGAAAGGGAGACACCUGAAAAUAUUCACAACAAAAGAGUUAUGUGGCAAAGGCUUACAAUGUCCACAGUUUUAUAGAGCUUGUAUUUGUAGAAGAUCAACGAUAUUUAUCUGAAUAAAACUGAAGGCCAGGAAAGCCACAACAAAUACUCCCAAA